GACUUAAUCAUGCUCGUAGAAUCAUUUGCAAUUAUUAAGGAAUCAUAAAAGUGCAUUAUUUUAUUUAAAACUGCAAAUUUUUGUUUCGUCAAUUCUAAGGGUGAUCGCUAUAAGACUAGUGCCUGUUUUUCGCGGGAAAGUAUAAAUUUUAAGACACAUGUCAAAGCUAUGCUUUUCAAAAUGCUUUCACCACUUCGAAUUACUCUACAAUAAAUUAUAAUCUUUUAUAUUUUUUUUACAUAGUAAACUAUGUCAAUACUUUCGUUAUGUAUAUAAAUUUCAAUGCAAAUUAUACUAUGAGGAUCAUUAAAUUUCGUACUGAUACAGUUCUUGUAAUUAUCUUUCUGAAAUGUAAAAUGCGAAAUGAAACUUGCCUUUAAAAGUAACCACUUGCAAACAUUUUAUUAUUUAUCGUAAUUAUAGUAAUUUCUGUUGUAAAUUAGGCAUAAUGAGUACCAAUAUAUAAAACAUAGUUGCAAGUGGUAAAAAUCUAAUUCCCUUAGCUGCAUUUCCCCCAGAGAAGAUUUGCACUUGAGUAUACAUCUAAACUCUAAGAAAAAGGAGAUACUUUCGCCGAUAUAUUUUUAACCGGCAUCGAAAUAACUUACCUUAUCAUCGUAUAAAUUGAUUGUUAUACGAUCUUUUGCUAUAUAGAGUUAAUAAGUUUUAUACGAUAAUAGUUUAUAACAAAAUACAAACGAAGUUCCGAAUAAUCGAGAUGUUGGAAGAAGUUGUGAACAGCUGGGCAAUCUUGCAUUCAGUUUUUGAUGUUUCACAUUUUAAACCGAUGGUUCCAAAUUUAUGGGACAAGGAAACGUUUAAUAUACGACACAUGAACGAGAUAAAAGUAAAAAAGUCUGAUGUACUUCUUGGAUACUUAAUACUCUUGUGGGUUAUUUUAUAUUUCAUGUAUGAGAAGUGCCUUAAUUCGUUACUUCGACGUAUGCGCAUUCCAUUGAUGCAGAGAAGUAGAAUAAUCGAGGCUGUGUGGAAUUGUGGAUUUUGCUUUGGCAGCAUUUGUUAUUUGAAGUCAUCCACUAUUAAGACGAUAAACUUUUUCUCUGACGAACGAACAGUAACACACGAAGAGCUAGGCGUUAUUCUACAUAAAAGCUUUUACAUUCAUCGAGCAGGAGUAGAGAUUUUCUGUCAUGGAGCUUGGAUAAAAGGCUGGGCCAACUUGUUGUUCGCAUCUUUUAUUAUGAACCCAUAUCAGGAAAAAUGGUGUACAGUAGUAAGCACUUUUAUGUUUUACAAAGCAUUUGACACUAUAAUAGUAAAUGUCUGUCGUAUUUUAUUAUGUAUUUCACACUUUACUGGAAGAAAAUUACCCAAGUUGUUCUUCUACCUUCAUUGUCUCAGCUGGAUAUAUUUGUAUACAUUAUUUGUUCCAAAAUUAAUGUUAUGGACAGAAAGUGUUAAUCAAACAGGAGCAAGGCUUGGUUUAUGGCUAUGGUUUGUUACAGAGUGCAUAGAUUCGGUGUGGUUCAGACUACUGGGAUGUGCAAAAGCAACCCACUGGCUAGAAAUUUGUCUAUUUCCACCUCCAACUCAAGAAGCAAUUGAACUAGCAGGAAUACAAAAACGACACAGAGACUCCUUAAAGAAGUUAGUCAAUAGAACUUCAAAAAGAACUGAACUAUGGCAAACAUUAUUCUGUGCAGUGGCUAUCAAGAAAAAGAUUAAAAGAAUUCGACAAGCAAAACAAAAUGAGAGUGCGUCGUUAACUGAUUAUACAAAAACAUUAUCUGAAACAAAUGGUAUAGAGGCACCAGAAAAAGGCGAGAAAGAACAGUGAUUACAAUAAGCAAUAUGAUCAGUAUUCGAAGAUUGCAUAAAAUAAUAUAUAUACUAUGCUUACACACUGCAUAGCGACGUUUAUUUCAUAAAAGACAUGCACAUAUUUGCAUAAACAAUAUCUCCGUUUUUAUAAACAUUACGUAUUCAUUAACUUAUAUAUUUACAAGAAACUGAACUGUGAUUUUCUUAAAGCAGCUUGUAAGAACAAUGUUAAUAGCUUACGCAAUUGUUUUUAUAAUGUUUAGUGCUAAGCUACGAAGAGCUCAUUAAUAUAAGGGAAAAUUAUUCAAAUAACACACUGUUCCUAGAUAUAUAAAGUUUUAUUUUCGAUCAUUUUGGAUUGUGUCAAUAAAAUAUAGUACAUGUAUUUAGGCUGAAUUGUUCCACAAUGUUAUACAGUUUAAUGAAAAAUAUUAUAAAUCAAUGUUGUUUGAAUAAAAUUGUAUUCAAUAUUCUGGCAGCGUGUACGCCUCGAUAAUAUCAUAUUUCUAAAAAUUGUUAAAACAUUCGAUUUCAGAAACUUAUUACAUAAAACACUGUAUCAUACAAAUGCACAACACAUUUCUCGAUUCGACAAUAAUUAAUGGUAAAAUUAUUCAAGCGAUCUUAGUUUUAUAUCAAUGUCUAAAUGUAGGGAGAUCUUAUGUUCUUAUCUUCUUAUAAACUGUAGGUACAUAUUUCCUUGCUUAAUUAAAGAGUUAUGUACCAUUAUUUUUCUUUGCAAACGAAUACUGUAUAAGGCGUUUUAAAAUAGGUGUUAAAUGCAAUACAAUUUCGUCUGUCAUGUUUUAUUUGAAACCUGAUACUAAUAAAGAAAAUGACAAGUGUUA